AUGGUGUCUGCAGUAUACUCGAAAGCCACAUGGGCCCUUUUGCUCGCUGCGAUGCUCACUAGCGUCCAAUGUCUUCCGGGACCGAUACACCUGAACUCAAGGGAGGAAAGUCCAGCGGAUGCAGCGAAUAGAGUGCCACAGGGUAUCACUCCAGCCAAAGAUGGCUCUGUGAUUCUGGAUACGACGGAAACAGUGAAUGGCCUGAAGAUACGUUUUCGCAUCAGUGGUCCCGCUGGCGAGUUUACCACUGCCAGUAAAGUCCCUGGUGGCGGCAAGACAACCGGCGCCCAGGGAGACCUCGGACUCCAUGUUCUGCUCCAUGGCGAUAGCGGCCAGUCGUUCUUUCAAAUGCCCAACCAGGGCGUCAAGAACAACCUGGCCGGAGUGGCCGUCCUAUCACCGGAUAGGAACCUCCAUUGGGGAGGCGGACGUGGUCUGAAUCGCACUGACGGCGUGGCCCAUGCCAAAGCCGUCAACGACCUCGUCUUCCAGAUACUGCCCAGGUAUAUGGCUUUCAACUCUUCGAACAUCUUCUUCACCGGAGUAUCGGGCGGCUCACUGAUGCUCUCCGGCUUCUUCAUCCCCACCCAUAUCGGCAAUUUUGCCGGGAACGGAGUGCUGUUGGGUUGCGGUGCCAUGGAGCCUCAGGUGGAAGUAUCGCAGGCGUCCCGCGACGCCCUCAGAAAGACUCGUAUACACUAUCAGUCCUCCCAGAAAGAGCUGGAGGACCUCCGCAACUCGAUCCCGGCUUCGAUCAAGGCCUACGAGAAGAUGGCCAAGGACAUGGGGAUGAAAACGGAAGAGAUUGACAAGCUUCAGACGGCAGACAACAAGCCCGACGCGGAACACUGCCGAUUCGACGAGAAAGGGUUUGAUUCCGGCAUUCAGCUCAUUGUCGACAACUACGGGGCCAUCAUGCAGGGUGGCAACGGCGAGGUUCCGGGGAUCGGUAACGUGCUGAAGGGGGUUUCGGGACAGGAGCUGAAGUUUGCGGGGACUGAUGGUCGCUGA